ACGUGUGAAGGUUACGAAGAUGGUGGAAGUUUCUUUCCUGGAGUAAACUGGAGUGGGACCUGUACAAUAAAGACUACAGUGUUCACCUGACAAUUUGGGCAGACGUCUUUAAUUCAUUCCAGCGACAGAUACGGGUUGACCGCUCCAGCCCUGUGUAAUGGCCUGCAGCAAUGCCAAACCAGGCCCUGUCAACGGCUACACCCUGAAGGCACAGCUCCAGAUCACAGUCCUCUCAGCCAGGCUGAAAGAAAACCGAAAGAACUGGUUCAGGCCCAGCCCGUACGUGGAGGUCUCUGUAGACGGGCAGUCCAAAAAGACUGAGAAAUGCAGCAACACCCACAGCCCCAAAUGGAAACAGCCUCUCACUGUAAUCGUCACUCCUUUCAGCAAGCUGGUUUUCCGUGUGUGGAGUCAUCAGACUUUAAAAUCGGACAUACUGUUAGGAAUGGCCACACUGGAAGUAAGCGAAACGCUGAAAUCCAAUGACAUGAAACUCUCAGAGGUGGUGCAGACGUUGCACCUCCACGCAGACCAGGACCCGACGGACAUGGUGGGAGAUCUGUCUGUCUGCCUGGACGGCAUGCAGGUGGAUCCAGAAACGUUUGCCACAGCACAACCCCGACAAGGCAAUUCUGUUCCCAAUGGAGACUCUCGACGGAACAGUGACCAUGUUAGGGGCAGCAGGGAUGCAUCGCCCUCGGUGGACAGCCUGGAGGACAAGCCCACCCCUAACGGCCGCGUUGCCAACAAGACGGGAUCCCCGUCUCUGUCUGCGGGAAGCUCCCGGUCCCUCAGACCCCCCCGCCCCUCCCGCCCUCCGCCCCCCACCCCUCGCAAGCCGGCCCCCUCCCCAGCGGUGUCCUCUAACGGGCCAGUUCCCAGCAACACCGACGGGGCCACAAGCUCUGGGGCCACAAGCUCCGAGGCCUCGGGACGUGUGUCGGCCCCUGGGGCCACAAGCUCCGAGGAUUCGGUGCGCGUGUCAGCCCCAGGGGCUCCGGAGACCCCUGGCAGCACGGGGCCCCAAGAGCCCGGGGCCGCAGGAGGCAGGCAGUCUGCCGGAGUCAGCCCCGCCACUCCCAGAAUCCCUGCUGUCAACACCGGCCCAAUGCCCCCUGGGUGGGAGCAGAGAGUGGAUCACAACGGCCGCAUGUAUUUUGUGGAUCACAUAGAGAAGAGGACGACUUGGGACAGGCCAGAACCCCUGCCUCCCGGGUGGGAGCGGCGGGUAGACCCCAUGGGCAGGGUGUACUUUGUGGAUCACAUCAGCAGAAGCACCACGUGGCAGCGGCCCACGGUGGAGUCGGUCAGGAACUACGAGGAGUGGCAGCACCAACGCAACCAGCUGCAGGGAGCCAUGCAGCAGUUCAACCAGAGGUUCAUAUUCGGGCUUCAAGAUCAGGUUUCUGCGACACAGAACAAGGAGUUUGAUCCCCUGGGACCUCUGCCGCAUGGAUGGGAGAAACGGACGGACGGGAAUGGCAGGGUGUACUUCGUACAUCACCCGACUCGCGCCACUCAGUGGGAGGACCCGCGCACUCAGGGGCUGCUGAAUGAUAAGCCCCUGCCGGAGGGUUGGGAGAUGCGCUUCACGGUGGACGGAAUCCCCUACUUCGUCGACCACAACCGCAAAACCACCACGUACAUCGACCCGCGGACCGGGAAGUCCUCGCUGGAAAACGGCCCACAGAUCACAUACGUACGAGACUUCAAAGCCAAAGUUCAGUACUUCCGGUUCUGGUGUCAGCAACUGGCAAUGCCCCAGCACAUUAAGAUCAACGUAGGCCGGAAGACCCUGUUCGAAGACUCAUUCCAGCAAAUCAUGAGCUUCAACGCGCAGGACCUGCGACGUCGGCUUUGGAUCAUCUUCCCAGGAGAGGAAGGGUUGGACUACGGGGGCGUGGCCAGGGAGUGGUUCUUCUUGCUCUCACACGAGGUGCUGAACCCCAUGUACUGCCUCUUUGAGUACGCUGGGAAGGAUAACUACUGUCUACAGAUAAACCCCGCCUCCUACAUCAACCCCGAUCACCUCAAAUACUUCAAGUUCAUUGGCCGCUUCAUUGCCAUGGCACUGUUCCAUGGAAAGUUCAUUGACACUGGAUUCUCCCUCCCCUUCUACAAACGAAUACUUAACAAGCCUUUGGGCUUAAACGAUCUGGAGUCCAUCGAUCCUGAAUUCUAUAACUCCCUCAUCUGGAUCAAGGAGAACGACAUUGAGGAGUGUGGGCUGGAAAUGUACUUCUCUGUGGACAAAGAGAUCCUGGGAGAGAUCACCACUCACGACCUCAAGCCGGGCGGAGGAGAUCUUGUUGUAACGGAAGAAAACAAAGAGGAGUACAUCAGGCUGGUGGCGGAGUGGAGGCUGUCUCGUGGGGUGGAGGAGCAGACCCAGGCCUUCUUUGAGGGCUUCAAUGAGGUCCUGCCUCAGCAGUACCUGCAGUAUUUUGACGCAAAGGAACUGGAGGUGAUGCUCUGUGGGAUGCAGGAGAUCGACCUGGUCGACUGGCAGAGGAGCACCAUCUACCGGCACUACACCCGCGGCAGCAAGCAGAUCCUCUGGUUCUGGCAGUUUAUUAAGGAAUGUGACAAUGAGAAGCGGAUGCGAUUGCUGCAGUUCGUCACAGGCACCUGCAGACUUCCUGUGGGGGGCUUCACGGACCUGAUGGGGAGUAACGGGCCUCAGAAAUUCUGCAUCGAGAAAGUUGGCAAAGAGAACUGGCUGCCCAGGAGUCACACAUGCUUCAAUCGACUGGACCUGCCCCCUUACAAGAGCUACGAGCAACUGAAAGAGAAGCUGAUGUUCGCCAUCGAGGAAACCGAAGGCUUCGGGCAAGAGUGACCCGCUGCUGCCGGCACCAGCCGCGGAUCGGAGAGACCCUGUCACGUUGGAGGUUUCUGGGCAGCAGCGGUCUGACCUUUGACAUUUGGGUCGUCUCCUCAGUACCCUGCUGCCCCCUGGAAAGGUCUCGCCUGUCACCGGCAGGAGAGCCCCACCCCCCCCCCUUUAGAUCAUGUGACUGAACCCAGUGGAGAAGUGGAGAGGGGACGGGUGUCCUCAGCCCAGGUCAACACACACCGUGCAGUUUGCUCAACUUCGAGGCCCUGGCCAUGAUUUGAGCCAGCGCACACGACCGCGUCUCAUCCGGGGCUUGUGUGUAUUACAUCAUAAACCCCCAUCCAUAAUCCGCCCCCGUUGUUCCUCUUCACACGGCCAGCGGGACAUACUGUUCCGAAUAACCAAAAUUGUCCAUGAGAAAGUUGUUAAAGCUCGUUCCAAAGCUGGCCUGGAUUUCACUCUCACAGGGUGCGGCGUUGACGACGUCACUCUCUCCAUCUGGAGCGGUGCCUGAAGCCUGCACAUUUCUGCUCCUGGGGUGGGCUUUAGGGGGGGAAAAGCACUUUAAAAGGAAACCUUUCCGCUUGUGAUUGUUGGGGUUUUUUUGGUUCUCACGCAAGCUUAAAAAAAAAAAAAUAGAAAAAAAAGUACAUUCUCAUUCUGUCAGUUGGUCUCUUAACUACAACUCCGAACUGACCACAAAAACAAGUGUGUGUUUACAGUAUGCGUUUUUCAUACAUUUUGGACUGCCCAGUUAGAGUGACUGGGAUUUCCGAUGCCUGUAUACUUCCCCUGAAGUUUCGGCUUUCAUCUGUUCGGGGUAGUGGGGGAAUUUCAUGGCUGCCUGUGACACAUUCUGGAAAUUUAUGUAACUUUGUAAACAGGAUUCAGGAAUGGUUGGAAAUCAUGUAUGGAGAGCUAGUGUGAGCUAGUGAGUUAAUUUCAUUCAUCUCAGGUGACUAACACAUUCACUGUCAUAGCAUUUGUAGUAAAGGGACAGGGCAUCUUUGAAUGGCCAAUUUUAACGGCACAACCCUGGAUAAUUCCGCUGUUGAUAAAGGAAUGGAACCGAUCUAGGUCUAGCUUUGUAUCUAUACGCGGCGUCGUUAUAGUGCGCGUCCCGUUCCAGGUUGUUAAUUAACGAGCCAUUACAAACUAACACAGCAUUAAAACCAUGAAAGAGGCUUACGCCGCUGUAUCUAAUUAGCAUUACCGUCAGAGUAAAAAUGCCCAGCGGUCAGGGCCCUAGUUUUAUAGGACCUUCCUGACUGAUUAUUUUAGUUGUCUGUGCUAAUUUCCUGUGGAGGAAAAGGCGAGAGGGAGUGCGUGUUAGCUAAGUGAGAAUAAGUUUUGUUUUGUUGUUGAAGUAACUAAUGCCUGUCCCUGAUAAUGUGAGUGUGAACUGCUGUAUUUAAACUGCCGAUCCUGAGACCAGUCGAAGGUAAACGGAACUCUAUAUAUACAUUUUGAAAUGUAUUAUUUUCCCCAAAUUUGGAACUUUUUUUGGGUAGUACUGAAAAUACAUUGUCCUUCCUGUAUUACAGUCCAUAUAUGUUGCAUUUAAGUACAUUCAAUGACUAUAAGAAAUGCAUAAAAAUAAAAAGGCCACAGAUAUAUUCACUUUGCAGGCCUGGAGACAUGACCGUGAAGGCUUGGCUGUCUGUCCAAGAAAAGCAGGAAAAAAAUGUUGUUUAGUGUAAUGGGGGAUAGGCUGUUUAGGGGAAUUUUCUGACCUCUAGUUUGUGAUAUUUCACAUUGACAUAAACAUUACUGUAUUUAUUGAAAGCAGUGAUAUGUUAAAUAUAUUUAAAUUUAGCUCCUGGCCCAAUAAAGGAUGUUAAAUCCCCUCUCUCACAUUGGGGCUUUUGGGAACGUUUGGGAAUGUUCAGUUAAUUGAAUUAUUAUUAAUGCCAAUUAAUUGAAUUAUUAAUGCCAAUUAAUUCAAACUCCAAACAGAUUUAAGGAAUAUAUUUAUUUAAGAAACGACUGGCUUAGUGGCAAUUGUGCUAUUCAAGGCCCUAUACGGAUGUGAAAUGCUUUGCUAAAGCAGUUUGAGUAUCUAAAAACAGGCACAUUCACACAUUUCCCCUGUGACUUUGUUCAAACUCGGCAACUAAAACUUAAUCUCAGACUAUGUUAGUCUUGAACCUUUUAGUCCGUUUCCAGCCUUUCUGUCAACUGUUGCUACGGAGAUUAGAUGGGGUGCUAACGGCGCGGUCGUGUGAACAUACUGGUAUUUUCUACGCCUAAUAAACUAAUUUGCGUAUGGUACUGUACACUCAGAGCGGUUUCGAUUUACGACGUACAGCUAAUUACAAUGAACCUUUAGUCAGAACAAGAUCGUACACAGGGCGAAGAGCAGGCUUUUAUGGUGUUCAUAAUUCAGCCAGGUCGUUUAGACUGGUAGUCAUGUUAAAACGACUGUUCUUUAGCUGCAUUAUUGUGCAGUUUUCAGAACAUUGUAUGGUACUACUGAAUAUGGAUCCGACUACGUGUGUGCACAUAGAUGUUUUUGUAAUAUAAUUCCGUGAUUCUGAUCUUGAAAACAUGCAGUUUCCUGUGAUUCCCACACACACACACCUGAAAAUGGAACGGAAUAUAAAUGCCAUCCACGUGAGCAAAGCUGUGACAUGGCCAUUAUCAGCUGUAGGGGGCGCCAUUAUGCCACUACUGAUCAGAACGAAAUGUUCUCAUCUCUAUGCGUACAAAAAGCAUUCAACAGAAUUGCGCAUACAUGGUGGACAAUUGGACUUGGCAUUUAGCUGAUUUAAGACUCUAAACCUGUUUCAGUGGGAUAAGAAUGCAGGUGAAGUAGGCUAUCAUGUACAUUUUAAUUUAUGCUCGCUGCAAAUUGUGCUAACUUUCUGUUCCCACAUUUAUUUUUUAAGCCUACAUACCAAACUACUCUGAUCUUCCCUCCUGUAAAUGAACUGCUGUAAAUUAUGUUAAUACAUUCAUUUUAAUCCUGUAAAAAAAUAAAAUAAAAAGGUAAAAUGGG